UCCUGCGUGGGGUGGUCGGAGCAAGCGGGCGAGCAGACGGACCGGUCCUUCGCCGAGCUGCGCCGGGGGCGCGUGGGGCGAGAGCAGCGUCCGCGGCGGCGACAGCGGCAGCAAGGCCGGCAGGGAGGGAGCGCGGGCGGCCAGCGCGGAUAGCGCGUGCUUCUGGCGCGGAGUGGGCAGCCGCAACCGCGGCGCGAGUGAAUGAGCCGCCCCCCGCCCGCCGCCUCUUCCUCCUGCCUUCUCAGACAGCGCCGGCGGCUGGAGCUCGAACUCGGACGCUGACGCCGCGGCGCCCAAAAUGGACGGUUUCGCCGGCAGUUUGGAUGAUAGCAUUUCUGCAGCAAGUACCUCUGAUGUCCAAGAUCGCCUUUCGGCUCUUGAACUGAGAGUGCAGCAGCAAGAAGAUGAAAUCACAGUGCUGAAAGCAGCUCUGGCUGAUGUGUUGAGACGACUUGCCAUCUCAGAAGAUCACGUUGCAUCUGUGAGAAAAUCGGCACCGACUAAAGGUCAGCCUGUUCUCCGUGAAGCUAUCUCUUUGUCCUGCAUCACCAAUGGAAGCGCAGGAAACAGAAAAAAUAAUCGUAGUCCCUCCAUCCCUAUUGCUGGGAAAAAAACCCUCUCAUCUGCUGCUAAAAGCGGUACAGAAAAAAAGAAGGAAAAACAUCAAGGACAAACAGAGAAAAAAGAGGACCCUCAUUCUAGUGAUCAAAACCCACAAUCUCAAGCAUCACCUUCACCUUCUCCCCAGCCCUCCGCACAGAUUCUCCCAACACACAGGCAGACCCCAGAAGUCAAGAGCUCUGCUCCAGGCAAAAGUUUGAAGAGAUUGUCAACAGUUGAAAAAUCACAUAGCACAUGGGAAAGUUCAGAAGACAGUCGUAAUAAAUUAGUGAGGGCGACUUCUGCAUCAAAAUUGAUACCCAAAAGUGGCAAGAAUGCAGACAAACACAAAGAUGUCAUCGUCAGCCAAGAAGGCGAGUAUAUCAAGAUGUUCAUGCGGGGACGGCCCAUCACAAUGUUCCUUCCUUCAGAUGUUGACAAAUAUUACGAAAUCAAGACAGAGCUGCCCCCUGAGAAAUUAAAACUGGAGUGGGUAUACGGUUAUCGUGGCAGGGACUGUCGAGCUAAUGUUUACCUCUUACCUACUGGAGAAAUAGUAUAUUUCAUAGCAUCCGUGGUAAUACUGUUUAAUUAUGAAGAGCGGACUCAACGUCAUUACUUGGGCCAUACAGAUUGUGUUAAAUGCCUUGCUGUUCACCCAGACAAAAUUAGGAUUGCAACUGGACAGAUAGCCGGAGUGGAUAAAGAUGGAAGACCUUUGCAGCCCCAUGUUAGAGUAUGGGAUUCAGUGAGCCUGAUGACUCUACAGGUUAUUGGCCUUGGGACUUUUGAACGUGGAGUGGGGUGUCUGGACUUUUCAAAAGCAGAUUCGGGUACACAUUUGUGUGUGAUUGAUGAUUCGAAUGAACACAUGCUGACUGUUUGGGACUGGCAGAAGAAAUCAAAAGUAGCAGAGAUAAAGACUACAAAUGAAGUUGUCCUGGCAGUAGCAUUCCAUCCAACUGAUAAAGAUACAAUAAUAACAUCGGGCAAAUCUCAUAUCUUUUUCUGGACUUGGAGUACAAAUUCAUUAACAAGGAAACAAGGAAUAUUUGGGAAAUAUGACAAACCCAAAUUUGUUCAGUGCUUAGCAUUUUUAGGCAAUGGAGAAGUUCUCACUGGUGAUUCAGGUGGGAUAUUGCUUAUAUGGAGCAAAACUACUGUAGAAGGCACAUCAGGAAAAGGAUCAAAAGGUGUGUAUCAAAUCAGCAAACAGAUCAAAGCUCACGAUGGCAGUGUGUUCACACUCUGUCAAAUGAGGAAUGGGAUGCUGCUAACUGGAGGUGGGAAGGAUAGAAAAAUCAUUUUGUGGGAUCAUGACUUGAAUCCUGAAAGGGAAAUAGAGGUUCCUGAUCAGUAUGGGACAAUCAGAGCUGUGGCAGAAGGCAAAGCUGAUCAAUUUAUUCUUGGGACAUCAAGGAAUUUUAUUUUGCGUGGAACGUUUAAUGAUGGUUUCCAAGUGGAAGUACAGGGCCACACAGAUGAACUCUGGGGCCUGGGAACACAUCCGUUCAAAGAUCUGUUCUUAACAUGUGCUCAAGAUCGUCAAGUUUGUAUGUGGAACUCCGUGGACCACACUCUUGAAUGGACCAGGCUACUAGAUGAACCAGGACAUUGUGCUGACUUCCAUCCAAGUGGUACAGUGGUAGCAAUAGGAACACACUCAGGAAGGUGGUUUGUUUUGGAUGCUGAAACAAGAGAUCUGGUUUCAAUCCAUACCGAUGGCAAUGAGCAGCUCUCUGUGAUGCGCUACACAGUUGAUGGUACCUUUCUUGCAGUGGGUUCCCAUGACAACUUCAUUUACCUCUACAUAGUAACAGAAAAUGGAAGAAAGUACAGCAGAUAUGGAAAGUGCACUGGACAUUCCAGCUAUAUUACACACCUUGACUGGUCCCCAGAAAACAAAUACAUAAUGUCCAACUCAGGAGACUAUGAAAUAUUAUACUGGGACAUUCCAAAUGGCUGUAAACUGAUAAGGAAUCGCUCUGAUUGUAAGGACAUAGAUUGGACAACAUACACUUGUGUGCUGGGAUUUCAGGUAUUUGGAGUGUGGCCAGAAGGAUCAGAUGGAACAGAUAUAAAUGCCCUUGUGAGGUCCCAUAAUAGGAAGGUGAUAGCUGUGGCUGAUGACUUUUGUAAAGUCCAUCUAUUUCAAUAUCCCUGCUCCAAAGCAAAGGCUCCAAGUCAUAAAUUCAGUGCCCAUAGUAGCCAUGUAACAAAUGUCAGCUUCACUCAUAAUGAUAGUCAUUUAAUUUCAACUGGAGGCAAAGAUAUGAGUAUCAUUCAGUGGAGACUGGUUGAGAAAGCAACUUUGCCGCAGAAUGAUACUGCAGUAGAAAUGGGCACAAACAAAGUGCCUGUAACUGCCAGUGACACCUUUACACAGCCAAGCAUCCCUGUGCCCCUUAAUCAACCACCUGAUGAAAUGGCAGCCAGUGAAAAUUUAAUGGAUGGCUUUUCACCAUCUUUGGAGAGUCACUUGGAGCAUGCUGUGAAGACCAAUGAAGAGCAGAAUGAGGAGCAAAGUGAGGGAAGCAGUCAGGAUCCAGGAGAGCCAAAUUGUGAAGAGCCUUCCAAUGAAAUGAGUGAGGAGCAGAGUGAAUCCACAGUUAUUGAUGAUCAGCAGGAAAACUCUCCAGUGUCUUAUCAGCUUGAAACUCAAGAUGAUCUUUAGAUAUUUUCUCUCAGUGCACAUUGUUUUGUAAAGAAGAAGAGGGUUCAAGUAAAGAAGGGAAGCAGCUUUGACACGGAGCACUCAAGUUUCUGUGGAAGGCUUGUUAGUUUGAUCUACUUCUGUUUUCAAUGCAUGGAAUUAUUGUAAGGACUCAUUUUGACAGUUCCAGUCAAGUGCUAGUUAAGAAAUUAGAACGUUUCCAUUGGUUAAAUAUAAUUCUGAAAUUGCUGUGAGAAAGAGGCAUGAUGCAAAUAACUGGGGAAGAGGGAAGGAGAAUUAAAGUUGCUGAGAGGAGCAGGUAGAGAAAUCUUCUGGGAAAGAACUUUUAAGAGCAAACAGAAGUGUUAGGUAAUGCCUGCUAUGUGUUUUAACCCUAGUGAAAGCUCUUCAGGAAGCUCUUCUUUCUUUUUUUACAUUAAAAAGAGGAGGAGAGGAGAAUAAGACAACAUCACAGUGGCACUUGGACAGUGCUGUGCUUAUUGCCUUCUUGAUUAAUACCUAUGCAAUUUUCUAAAACUAUCAGUUCUUACUAGCCACUACUUCGUAUGCUGGUUGUCCUAAGACAACUCAUAUUAAAGUAUACUUCUUAUUGUUCCAUGAUAGUAGAUCUUAAAAGAAGAAAAUUAAGAUAGCAAGUUCUUUGUUUUCCACCUGAUGACUGUUAUAUGAUGUAAUUUCAAGGAACUGCUUGCCUCAACAUACUGAAAUUCAAGAACACCAACUGUGACUUUGAUGCAAACUGACUUAACUGCAUGAAGAUAGAAGUUCUAAUUCUCAAGUUCAAACCUGACCUUCAGAUACAAUUAAUUCUUUCAGUAAGAGUCUAAAUAUUAGAGAAAUAGCAUUAAGUUAUGAAAUCUGAUACUCGGGAGUAAUGUAAUGAUUGACUUGGUUAUUUAAAAAUAGAGAUAACCUUAAAAAUAAGAAAUUUUCAAAAAGACUUUUUACAGCCAUCUUUUUAAUAGCUGUAAUAUAAACAUCCCAUUUUCUUGGAUAAUGUUGGCUAUUUUUGGAUUUUUUUUCCUCUCUUUUUCUGUGUGUUUUUCUUUUCUCUCCCUCUCUCUCUCUCUCUCUCAUCCAAUUUUGUAAGCCGUGCAGCUCAGAGAUAGCUGGACUUGGCCAGUUACGGGAUAUCAUGGCAUUUUAUUAUGUGUUUAAAAUAUCUUUUUAAAAAAAAUUAAAAAAUGCAUCAGCUAUAUUUUUCUUAAAUACCUAGAUUUUCCUGUGUAAACGUUUGUUGAAAAACAUCCUACUUUAUAUUUUAAUUACAUGGGAUUUUUUAAAAUUGUGUUAAUAUUUUAGAUCUUAGUUAGAAAUUGUGUUUAGAAACCUUGGAUGAGUUUGUUAAGUCUUAAGUGUGCAAGCGUUUACGUGAAUGUGCCAUUCCAAAGUGCAUCAGAACUGUCAUUCCCUUCUAUUAUCUUCUCAGGAGUAAAUGGUACAGAUCAGGUAUGUAAUCUAUUCAACAGUGGAAACAUUAACAAUUGGUGUAGACACCCAAAGGACAUAAAUACUGUCACAUACAGAUACAUACAGGUGCAUAUACAUCUUUGUUUACAUCCAUUCCGGAAAACCUCAAAAUUAUCUUCAGAUAGAGAUGUUAAUUCCAAGCAACUGAUCUGUUUUGCUUUAUCUAAAAAGCUGUACUGUUAAAUAAUACGUUGGAGUACUCCAGUGUAUGAUUGGCCACUUUGCCAAAGAGUGCCUGUGGGCAACACAAAUACAAAUACUGUAUCAAGAUAAUGGAUUCCUUUGGAAAGGAGGCAUCUACCAGGGAGGAGGGACAUUUUCCGUGAUUUUCAACUUCCAGGUCUGCUUCAUUGGGUCCUAUAACCAUCCAUAACAGAUGGAGGAAGGGGAUUCACUGAAAAUUCUCCCCCAUUUUUUGUUCCAUUCUUUCCACAGGGAGAGAUUAACUGAAUAACACAACUUCUAAAAACACAGUAAGGUAAAAUAGUUCUUCUAGUAAUUUUAGUUAACAUUAAAUGGAUUGUAGAGCUCUUUCAUCCUCAGUGAAUACCAUGAAAACAGUGCAUUUUGUUUGGAAAUAUCUUUUACCUUGAGGUUGCCAUGUAAAGUGAGAAUUAAUAGUUGUGAUUUUCCUCAUGUAGAUUAAAUGAUUUUUUUCUAAUACGCCAAAAAAAAGGGAAAAGGAAAAAAAAAAGCCUUACAACUUUUGAUUGCUGGCAACUACUGUUCAAUAGAUAAUUAAAUCUGUGAUAAUAGAAAUGGGUGGGAUUAUGUAAACUGUAAAUGUUAUAGGGUAAAAUUGUGAAUGAAACAUGAUUUGAGUGUGUCAUGUGAAGAUGUUUGAGCCAUUCUGUCUAUCAUGCAUUCCUGUCUCAUGGCAGAAAAAUCUGAAGAUUUAAGAAUAAUAAUAAAAAUAAAAGAAUCUACAUAAUGUAGCAA